ACAGUUUCAGACGCGUUGAAAUGUAAUUUUAAUAAAAUUUAGGGUACAUAGACGCAAUACAGACAAAAAGAAACGAAAAGCCUUAAAAUACAUACAAUACAAAUAGUUCCUUAUACGUGAUUCUAGCAAUUUCUAUAAACCGCGUUGUUGCAUCAUGUUUCGGUUGAAUUUGCAAAGCUUUCAGAUUUAUUUUAUGCACGGCCUAAGGUUAUCCUGCAGACGGCGACCAAAUCAGUUGCUGAGCAUCGGGUGUGCGGCCCAUGGGGAGAAGGCUGCAGUGGGUGCCACGACGCUGUGGAGGCGUCUUAUCAGCCAGUAUCAGUUUCGGGUCAAGAAGGAAGUCUACUAUCCAGAUCGUAAGUCAGAGAUGCAGCGAACCGCAGCGUCGGCCAGGCAGAUGCUGACCAUCAAUCCGCAGCAUCAGCAGCGCGGCCUGCCCAAGGACUACUACUACAGGGUGCUUGGCGUGAAUAGACAUGCCACCGUACAGCAAAUUCGUAGCGCAUUCUAUGCUUUGGCCAAACGUUAUCAUCCGGACUCCAUGCACUCCGAAGAGAAGCUGAGGCACUUUCAGGAACUCUCCAAUGCUUACAAUAUACUAACGGACGAGACAAAACGUUUGGAAUACGAUCAGCUGGGUGGUAUCAAGGAUGAGAAGGCAUUCCUAGCGCAGGCUGGCAAUCCCAUGAACAUCGACAUGAACAGCAAGAGAUUUGAAGCAGUUUGCCAAAGUCCGGAGGAUAUCAAAAAAUUAACUGUUGGCGAGUACGAUUUACCAUUGAGCUUUCUGGAGGCCACCGUCGGCUGCAAGAAGCGGAUUGACUUGCGCUAUUUGAGAAAAUGCGAAAGCUGCAAGGGUAAAUCGCAGCUAAUGGCCAAUCGUGAUCUGGGCAAGGAGCCGUGCCGACGCUGCAACGGCACUGGCAAGGUGACCACGAAAACGUUGACCUUCAGUUCAGUGAAUACGUGUAGUCAGUGUAAGGGCAAGCGUUACAUUAAUCGCAAUGACUGCGACGCCUGUGACAACCGGGGCUUUGUAACGGGCAAUGUCGAGGUUCUAAUCACAGUGCCGUCCGGGUCCAAAACUGGGGAUGUUAUAACCGUCGACAAUCCCAAUACAAAGCAACGGGUCAAGUACACCCUACAGGUGCCGCAAAGUGAUUACUUUCGUCGUGUCGGCAACGAUAUACACACAGACAAAUUUCUAAACAUUUCCGAUGCCAUUCUGGGUGGUAAUUUCUUAGUGCGCGGCCUCUAUGAUAAUGUCGAGCUGCGUGUCGAGCCCGGAACUCAGUCGCAUACGCAGGUGGUGCUGCACAACAAGGGGGUGCGGACACGUGAUGGUGUGGGCAAUCAUAUUAUUACACUGAAAGUGCGUAUUCCCUGCAAUUUAUCGAUGAAGCAACGACAGCUUAUUCUGGCGCUGGCUCAGUCGGAAGACCCGGUGUUUGAAUUCCACAAGGGAAGCAAGAAGGCUAAGGAUUAAUGGCGUGUUUUUUUUUUCUAUGUAUAUAUUUAAACCGUGUUCAAAAAUUCUCAAUGUAAAAUGCUUUUAUCACUCUGAUGUAAAGUUGAAAUUUAUAAUAUGACAAUUUUAAAUGUUC